GAGAAUGACGUAGGAUAUACGACUGUCAUUGAGUGGUCAGCCAUAGAAUUCCCACAAUCAAACGUUACCGACACGGCUAUAGGUUACAAGAUUUUUGUUUACGUGUCGGAAACAGCUUCGGAAGCUGUCAUAUUGACAAUGCCCAUCAACAGACUCUCAAAUCCAGACAAGCCAAGUGCUCGUCUAGAUGGCCUACGACUUAUGUACAUGUAUACAAUCCAGGUUGCUGGCUAUAAUGCAGGUGGUUUGGGUCCCCUCAGUUCUCCUCGUAUCAUUCGCCUCGGUCCUCAGUCAACUCUUGACGAGCCCUCAUCUGCUCGCCGAUUCCGAUUACUUUAUACACUCGUUAUUUUGUUGUUGUCACUUCUGCGGAUUUUUUAG